AUGCAACGGCUUGCUCGUUCCCUCUCUACGUCCAGUGCCCGGGCUGUAAAGAGCGUUAAUGUUCCUAUCAGAAAUCAAAGGAUCUCCGAGCUAGUUCCUCUUAUCAACGUCUCAAAUCUAGAGUAUGCCACUCAAGCCAAGUACCUGAGAACUGUCCACCAAGCCCUCCAAGACAAAGGGAUACUCCAAUUGCAUCUCGGCUUCGCCGACGAUGACAGCCAUUUUCUCCAGACCAUGAUCUCCAACCUCCAUAAACACCAUAACCACGGCCUCCCCAUUGCCCACAGCGCGGAGAGAGGCUGGUUCUGGGACGUCCGCCCCAGCCCGGAGAGCUUUCAGAGUCAUGGUCAUCAGGCCCGAUCAGAGACGAUGCAGGGGUUUGAGUGGCACACAGACUGCAGCUACGAAGACAGUCCACCACGGUACUUUGCCCUGCAGGUCCUGCAGCCUGAUCGAUGCGGUGGUGGAACGUUGUCGGUGUUGAAAGUAGAUCAUCUCCUGCGUUUUCUUUCCCCAUUUGCGCAGGAAGGGCUUUCAAGCCAUAAUUACCGGAUCACAGUGCCCCCAGAAUUUGUUAAGGAAGAUGGGCAGAAACAUAUCAGGGGUAAUAUGCUCGCGGUGUAUCCGGGUUACAGUCAAUUGCGUUUCCGAGACGAUAUCACGGAUCCCCUGACAGAAAAUGCAGCCAAGGCAUUAGAGGAGCUGAAAAUAGUUCUUUCUGGUGAGAAUGCAGAGGAGCAGGCUCUCCACCUGACGCCACAGGGACUUCCACGGGGGUCGAUCAUCAUUAUGGACAACAGACGAUGGCUGCAUGCCAGGAAUGAAGUGAGAGAUCUUCGUCGGCACUUGCGACGUGUGCGAUGGGAUGCGACGCCAUUCGGCCCGGCUGGUUUGUCAAGUGCAUGA